CACACAGAUAGAAGGAAGGACGAAAAGAUCAAUCCAUUAUGGCAGCGCGCAGGUCCAGAUGCGGCAGGACCCUGUGCGCCGGGCUCGUGGCGCGUGCCUCGCCGCCACUUCUUCGACGCUUCCUCGGAUCAGCUGCAAAUUGGCGGCGUGGAGCGGUGACCCUGGAGACUCUCCGGUUCAUCAUCAAGCCGUGUGACUAUCUCAUGCAUAUGCCGAGUGGGACGUGGGUCACUCAGAUGCGCAGAGGGAUGCAUCCGAGUCCAGAGAUCUUGGUGUUAGGUUCGCCGGCGGCAGCUCCAGCUCGUCCCAGGCUCCCACGGCCUGACCGGGCCAGGUCACUGCUCGCCUCGAAGAUCCUUGCUGCCGCUGCAUGGCUUCGUGUGAAACACUUGCAUUUAUCACGUGCAACAGCCAGCAUGAUCGGCGACGCUUAAUUGAUCCAUGUGUCCUUUUACCUGAUCCGGCGACUUUUCGGAAUCCGUGCGCUACGACACACCUGUUCCCGAAUCCCCGACCCUGCAUCGAGAGGACUAUUCUGUUUCAUUGUUUGCUAUGGCGCUUCUCGUAUUCAAUUGUGCCUGGGAAAUCUGCAAUUGCUUAUACGCCGCGGCGGCGCGCAGGCUUGGCCAACUGCGGCGGAGCUGUCGCGCAGCACCUGCGGGCAGCUGCGCUCGACAGUCCCGCCUCGUAUAAAACUGAGCGCCCCUCCCGCUCUUCUCAAAACCAACACAAAGCCACACUUGAG